AUUUUAUUGGAACCAGUUGGCUUUUAAGACGUGUGCCAGUGCCAUGGUCACUGCUGGUGUUUUCCUUGGACCUGUAGCCUCAUGUUUUGGCACCUCUUUUCACAACACAAUGAGCCCAUUGAUGUGGAUUGUGAUGAUGCUCAUUUUGUCUCAGGCCUCUGGCACUAGUGGUGUGGUUUGGAAAGCUGAUUACCCGAAAGUUGUUUUUACCAAAUUGGGAGAAGAUGUGACCAUACCAUGCAAUGUUACCUAUCCCCCAUCCCAAUCUAAAGAGCCUAUCCAAGCCUACUGGAAACGCUGGGGAAAUACUAAACUAAAAAUCAAUGAUAAUGACAAGAAUGAAUUCCUCUAUCACCCCAACAACACAUUCGUCAUCAAGAGUUUUCAAACCAGGACCAACCUGACAGGAAAUAUCACACAGGGAAACUGCUCCCUGAAGAUCAAUAUAAUUCAACAUGGCGACAUUGGGCACUCCUACUACUUGAGAAUUGCCACUGGAGCCGACAACUUCAGUUUUAAUAAAGACCUUGUCUCCAUUCAAAUAUCUGGAACCUCCGGGACUAUUUCAACGAUACCAAAGGACAUGUCAAACACAGUUGAUUCCACAACUACAGUCCCACUAGCCACCACAAAAUACGCACCAUCCACGGCCACAUAUAUUGCCACCACGGUCCCAGUGGUUGCAGUUCUACUGGUUGCUGUAUUGGGGAUUGUUUGGUUCUUCAAGUACAGGAAAAGAGUCAAGACUACAAAGAAGAAAGAUGACACCCAAGUUUCUCCUCCAAAGGUCAUUGAUGAGCCCGUCUAUGGCAACGUCCAGGGUCCAGACGAUCCGAUGGACAGUAUGGAUCAAAUGGACAGUGUAUAUGCAAAUGUGGAUCAUGCAAAACAGUGAUGAAGCUGAAUCUCAGAUAUCAGCACUGCUUAAUAAUGCUUGUUGAAUGUGUGUGUGUGUGUGUGUUUUUAUCUUGAUUGUUUUCUUGUCAAAAGGCAGCUUACAGUGUCAGCCCUCAUUUCUAGUAUCCUGUUUGACUUUCACUUGGUUAAACAAUAAUAUGUGCAGUUUGUUUGUUAAAUGUAAUAUACAUAAUUCAGCAUGUAACUAUUUUUUAAAAGACUGGCUUUCAAAUAAACAUACUUACUGAGAUGAUA